UAGAAAGAUAAUCAGAUAAUAGAGAGAGAGAGAGGAAGCAGACAUUUGUCUUCCACCAUAUUCUUCUCAUCUUUUCCGAUGAUAGAUUCUUCUUCUUCCUCUCCUACUCCUAAUUCGUAGUAGUUCCUCCAUUAGAUUAUCCACUGAAGCCUCAAGCUCCUUUUCACUUUCUCACCUUCUCGCUGCUUUAUUGGCUCUCUCCUUCUUUCUCUCAUCAUCAUCAUCAUCAUUAACACUGAAAUUUUCUGUUGUAUUGGACCAAACUCGAGCGAAUUCUACGUACACGCUAUAGAAUUUUUGUUUCCUGUUUUGGAUUUCGAGGAAUCUCGCUUUCCAACUUUAAGUUCCUGUUCAAGUUUCUACCCCUUUUUUGUUUGUUUGUUUGUAUCUCAUAUCUGUCGUCAUCUUUGAUUAAGUUACGCUUUGAUCUCUCCAUUUGAGCCUUUGGGUAGUCUAAUCUGACACGUUCCUGUGUCUUUGUUGCUUUUUCUUCUCUCGUUUGUAAGUGGCUUGAAGGAUAAAACCCCAAAAAAACAAAAAAACUCUACCGUCGGAAUUUUGUGAUUCUCUGAUUCUUUCCUACAGAGUUUAGUUUUGGCUCUGAGUCUCUGAUUCAAGCUCCUUGCAGUUGAAUUUAGCUGGUUGCAGUCACUCUGUUUCUUAGAGGGGUUUGAUCGUGUUUUCAAGUGGUGGAUGAGUCUGUUCCAUGUGCUAGGGUUUGGGGUGAAGAUUGGGCAGCUCUUGUGGAUGAUAUGCUGCUGGUUCGUUUCCUGGUUCGUUGAUGGUGGGAUCGAGGACAAGUCUGGUCCUCUGGUUGGCUCUGUCGGUGAUCCUGAGAAGACGAAGAUGACUACGAUGAAGAAGAAGAACAAGAUGUGCUUCUGGAACAAGAUCUCCAGCAGCGGACUCAAGAUCCCGAGUUUCUCUCAUCAGUUUCUUGGCUCCGUUAGGUUCGGCAAGACUUGGUGGAGGAAGCUGGUGGUGGCCUGGGUCGUCUUCUGGGUUCUGGUCUCCUUCUGGACCUUUCGUUACUUUAGCUCUCAGGCUAUGGAGAAGAGGAAAGAGACGCUAGCUAGUAUGUGCGAUGAGAGGGCUCGUAUGCUCCAGGAUCAGUUCAACGUUAGCAUGAAUCAUGUUCAAGCCAUGUCUAUCUUGAUCUCCACCUUCCACCAUGGCAAGAUUCCUUCUGCUAUCGAUCAGAGUACAUUUUCAGAAUACACUGAUAGAACUUCCUUUGAGAGGCCUCUCACGAGCGGGGUCGCAUAUGCUAUGAAAGUGCUCCAUUCUGAGAGGGAAGAAUUUGAGAGGCAACAAGGUUGGACUAUUAGGAGGAUGGAUUCUCUUGAGCAAAACCCAGCUCACAAGGAUGAUUACGACCCAGAAGCUUUGGAACCAUCCCCUGUUCAAGAGGAGUAUGCUCCAGUUAUCUUUGCUCAAGACACGGUCUCCCACGUGGUUUCUCUCGAUAUGCUGUCUGGGAAAGAAGACCGUGAAAAUGUGUUGCGGGCUAGGAGAUCAGGUAAAGGGGUCUUGACAGCUCCUUUCCCACUGAUAAAGACAAAUAGACUUGGGGUGAUCUUGACAUUUGCUGUCUACAAGAGAGAUCUCCCCUCCAAUGCAACGCCGGAAGAGAGAAUUGAGGCUACCAAUGGGUAUCUCGGUGGAGUGUUUGACAUCGAGUCCCUUGUGGAAAAUUUGCUUCAGCAGCUGGCUAGCAAGCAAACGAUUCUUGUCAAUGUAUACGAUAUCACCAAUCACUCUCAACCGAUUAGCAUGUAUGGUUCAAAUGUGUCAGCUGAUGGGUUGGAACUUGUUAGUCCCCUAAACUUUGGCGAUCCAUUUAGAAAACAUGAAAUGCGUUGCAGAUUUAAGCAGAAACCACCAUGGCCAGUGCUAUCAAUGGUGACAUCUUUUGGUAUCAUCGUGAUUGCGUUGCUUUGUGCACAUAUAUUCCAUGCAACCGUGAGUCGGAUAAACAAAGUUGAAGAAGAUUGUCAUAAAAUGGAGCAGCUCAAGCAAAAGGCUGAAGCAGCAGAUGUUGCAAAGUCACAGUUCCUUGCCACUGUGUCACAUGAAAUCAGAACUCCAAUGAAUGGUGUUCUUGGAAUGCUGCAUAUGCUUAUGGACACAGAGUUAGAUGUUACGCAACAGGAUUAUGUUAGGACCGCACAAGCAAGUGGAAAAGCUUUAGUCUCGCUAAUAAACGAGGUUUUGGACCAAGCAAAGAUUGAAUCUGGAAAGCUUGAGCUUGAGGAGGUGCGGUUUGAUUUGAGAGGCAUAUUAGAUGAUGUCCUGUCACUCUUCUCCGGCAAGUCCCAAGAAAAAGGGGUAGAGUUGGCAGUAUACAUAUCUGACCGUGUUCCAGAAAUGUUACUUGGGGAUCCCGGGAGGUUUCGACAAAUACUCACAAAUCUUAUGGGUAAUUCCAUCAAGUUCACUGAGAAAGGACACAUCUUUGUAACUGUUCAUUUGAUGGAGGAGCUAUUAGAAUCUAUCGAUGUAGAGACAGCAUCAGCUACUGAAAGUACACUGAGCGGGCUUCCAGUUGCAGACCGGCAGAGGAGUUGGGAAAAUUUUAAAGCUUUCAGCUCCAAUGGGCAUCGGAGUUUUGCAUUAUCUCCACCUGAAAUCAACCUGAUCGUCUCAGUUGAGGAUACUGGUGUAGGGAUCCCUUUAGAAGCGCAGUCCCGUAUAUUUACACCUUUCAUGCAAGUUGGACCAUCCAUAUCCAGGACGCAUGGAGGCACAGGAAUUGGUCUUAGCAUUAGCAAAUGUCUAGUUGGACUGAUGAAGGGAGAAAUUGGGUUCUCGAGUACUCCCAAGGUCGGGUCCACGUUCACAUUUACUGCAGUAUUUGCCAAUGGCAUGCAUUCAACUGAAAGAAAGAGCGAACCUCAGAACAACAACCAGCCCAUAUUCUCGGAAUUUCGGGGAAUGAAAGCUGUGGUUGUGGACCAUAGGCCUGCUAGGGCGAAAGUCUCGUGGUACCAUUUUCAGCGCUUGGGAAUUCAAGUCGAAGUAGUUCCACGUGUUGACCAGGCUCUAAGUUUUAUGAAGACUUGCACCAACACUGUGAAUAUGAUACUUAUAGACCAAGAAAUAUGGAAUAGGGAAGCAGAUGUGUUCAUUAAGAAGCUACAGAAAGACCCUCUUGUGCAUUCUCCUAAAUUGGUUUUGUUAGCAAAUUCAAUAGACUCCUCGAUAUCAGAUACUUUAAGCACCAGUACAGAUCCUCCAGUGGUGAUAGUGAAACCACUAAGGGCGAGUAUGCUAGCAGCAACUUUGCAGAGAGGAUUGGGUAUUGGGAACAGGGAAACUCCUCAACACAAGGGACCUCCUGCUUUGAUUCUCAGGAAUCUUCUCCUUGGAAGACAAAUUUUAAUCGUGGAUGAUAACAACGUAAACCUGAGAGUGGCAGCGGGAGCUCUGAAAAAGUAUGGGGCUGAUGUGGUGUGCGCUGAGAGCGGGAUAAAGGCAAUCUCAUUGCUUAAGCCACCCCACGAGUUUGAUGCUUGCUUCAUGGACAUUCAGAUGCCGGAAAUGGAUGGAUUUGAAGCUACGAGGAAAAUACGGGACAUGGAAGAGGAGAUGAACAAGAGAAUUAAGAGUGGAGAGGCUUUGACAGUACCGGACGGGAACAACAAAUCAUGUUGGCAUCUUCCAGUAUUAGCAAUGACCGCAGAUGUGAUUCAAGCCACGCACGAGGAAUGUCUAAAGUGUGGAAUGGAUGGGUAUGUAUCAAAACCGUUUGAAGCAGAGCAGCUGUACCGGGAAGUUUCUCGCUUUUUCAAUUCGCCUUCAGAUACAGAAUCAUAAAAAACGGUGGGCUGGAAAAGAACGGUGAAGGAACACUACAACUCGUGUCGCCUCUGCAUCUUUGAAGUAGUAAGCUCCUACAUAUAUAUCUUCCUCAUCUGAAAUAGCCACACUUUCUCGACUGCCAGUACAGCUUUUUUAACUUUCUUGUAGGAAAAAAACAGAUUGACGAUUGCAAAAGAGUGUAUAUAGAAAGGCCUGUGUGACCAUAUGUGGCCAGGCCAAGAACUUAGACCAGCUUCCACUGUAAAGUUUUCUUUCUCUUCUCUGAUUGGGACACCAAAUCUUGUGGUUUGUAGAUGAGUUGCAGCUAGAAUAUAUUCUGAGUUGCUUUGGACAGGGAAGAGAGCCAUAGUAUGUGUGUAUUGUGUGUGAAUGAUUUAGGAUUCUUCAUAUUAGAACAGUGCAACUUCUUCAUUAUCAUCGUCCAAGAUAGGGAGUGGACAUUACUUAUACAUACUGCUUGUGAUAUAAAGUUGAAAAUAGCUUCACUUCUUUGUCUUU